UACACUUCUCCAUCUCAUCCUAGCGUACUCACAGUUUGUAGACCGCUACGCGGAUGUUUUUGGGAACGUAUUGUUGAUUGGUGAGAUACGCAACGUGCGUUGAGAAAAUAACUCGAGUAAAAUGAAAAUUAAAAGAGUCAGAAAGUUAAAGAAGAAGAAGAAGUACAAUCAGAACGUAAAUCGAAAGAGACUGCGAAAUAAGUUGCGGAAACAGCCGAAUAUCCCAUGCGAUCAGAUAAAGAAGGAAUGGGAGAACACGAGGUCUUGCCGUGUCAAUUUGAAAGAAAUGGGUUUGGCAUACGACGCGAACGAGACGGUGCGAAUUCCUAAUGUGAAGCACGAGAUGUUGGAGGAGGCCAAAAGGAAAGUUGCGGGAGACGAGGAUCCCUCGGAUCGCGAGGACGAGGGGACGGAUGUGACCGCGGCAAAAAGUCACGUGGCGGAAAAGUUGGAGGCCGAGGCGAAGGCUCCUAGAGAACGACUUCUCAGAUUACCGAAGGGACAAGCAGAAUUCUUUGUUUAUUUAAUAAAGAAGUACGGCGAAGAUUACGAGGCGAUGUCGAGAGACAAGAAGAAUCAUUAUCAAUUAACGUGGAAGCAAAUACGAGCCAAGAUAAAAAUGUUUAUGGGAAUUCCAGAACAGUAUAACAAACUUGUUCAAGAUAGCAGUAUGCAGUUAGAGUCGUAACGUGCAUAAAUGUACAUUAGGAUUUUGUUUAUAUGUUUAGAUUGAGAUUAGCGUAUAUUGUAAGUCAAUGACUUAAACGUACUACUGCAAUUUAUGCUAAUUUGGUGAAACCGACAAAAAUAAUGCAUUAUACGUCAAUAAAUGUUAAACAUAUUUUAUUUUUUACAAAAUGUAUUGUUUGCAAACAAGUACUAAUUACAAAUAUAUAUUUGUAAUUAUAUCACCAUAUAUAAAAAUAUGCUGAUACAUUUACUGUGAUAGAAUAUGCAUUUUAAAUGGACAAUAUGACAAAAUACAAUAAGUAUUUUAGACUGAGGACUAGAAAAUCUGAAAAUUUAAUUAAGUUUGCAUAAAUUGAGUGCGCAUUAAUAAAUAUCACGAUCGAGGUAAAAAAAAACAUUUUUCCUUUCGUUCAAAUCAAUAAAACGUGUACAAUUUUUGUUGUUCAACUUACGUGGGAUAGGAUGAUACAAAGAUAUACAGUAGAAACAAUCUUGCUUUAAUUAUACAAGUAUGUAAAGUAUGUGACAAAUAGAAAAUUAGCGUUGCUGUAUUAUCGAUGGUAAA